CUUUUGAUUGGCCGACCCACUGCUGCAAGAUUCUAACCGUCUUAUUUUGAUGAUGAAUAUGAAGGCAUGCUAAGCCGUGCCGGAGAGUAGUUUUUCCGAGGGCUGCACUCUUGCCAGCAAAGCUCAAGGACUGACAGUCUCCUUCGCUGUUUUCCUCUCUCAGCAGACCCCGCCACCCCUCAAAAAAGUUGUGAUGCUUUUCUUCACACAGUGUUUUGGGGCUGUGUUAGAUCUCAUUCAUCUCAGGUUUCAGCACUACAAGGCGAAGAGGGUCUUCUCCGCUGCCGGGCAACUUGUGUGCGUCGUAAACCCUACGCGUAACCUAAAGUAUGUGUCCACUAGACGUGCAAUCACACAGAGCCUUCCAGAGUCAGCUGGCUGCCAUCCUCACCGUCACCUCCACCACCACCGUCACCACCAACAACAACAACAACACCACAGCCACCACUGCCAUUACUCCCUCCCUCACCACCUUCAUUAUCAGGAGGCUCCGCUCCCCCCCUGCAUAUGCCCUUUAUUUUCCUGCCACUGGGAGGGCCAGCUGGAGGUGGUACUGUCCCACCUGAGGCAAAGCCACAGAAUCGAUAUCCUCCAGGGAGCAGAGAUAGUCUUCCUGGCUACAGACAUGAACCUCCCAGCACCAGCUGAUUGGAUCAUCAUGCAUUCCUGCUUGGGUCACCACUUCCUACUGGUUCUGAGGAAGCAAGAGAAGUACGAGGGCCACCCGCAGUUUUUCGCCACCAUGAUGCUGAUUGGGACCCCAACUCAGGCUGACUGCUUCACCUAUCGCCUGGAACUCAACAGGAACCAAAGGCGCCUCAAGUGGGAGGCGACCCCCCGAUCGGUCCUGGAGUGUGUGGACUCCAUCAUCACUGAUGGUGACUGCCUGGUAUUAAACACCUCCCUGGCCCAGCUCUUCUCUGACAAUGGCAGUCUGGCAAUUGGGAUUGCGAUCUCAGCAAGCAAGGUUCAAAACCCUGAAGCUGAGACCUGAGGGACAGGGGCAUAGGCAAACAACUACUGCCUCCAAGAACAACAAACCAUUGGUUGUGUCUCCAUGGUUUCUGGAUGUCAAGACUCUAGACUUUCUUCUUCUUUUUUUGAUCUCAGGUCUUUUGUGGUAUUUAGUAUUUGUCUGCCAUGGGCAUUAUGUUAUGUAUACAUCCUGUGAUUUAAGAUCUCAAUGUAAUAUAUUUCCUAUUUCAUUGAUACAA